CUCACUCCAAAACCCACACACAGUACAAAUAUAAUCAUAAAACUCACCUCUUCCCAAAUGCAGUACUACGAAACCCGUGAGAAAGAAUACUACGAUGUGGCUCAAGGUCAGAGCGGCCAGAGCUAUGGCCAGAACCACCAGGGAUAUGGACAGAGCCAAAGUCGCCCAGUAUAUGGGCAUAGUCCGACUCUGAACUACCGUAGCCACGGUGGGUUUCUUGAUGGGUUAUUCAAGGGUAAAAAUGGUCAAAAGGGUCAGAACGGCUUAGGGUCGUUUCUAGGGCAACACAAGAACCAAGAUACUAACAAGGGCCAUGGACAUGGGAAGCUCUUAGGACAGCACCAGAAGAAAACUCAUGACACAAACAAAGGUGUUAAGGGCCUAGGAAUGUUCAUAAACAAUGGAGAGAAGAAACAUAAGAAGCAAAAUGAGCACAAGAAGAAGAAGAACAAGGAUGGGCAUGCCAGUGGCAAUGAGAGUGGAAGCAGCAGCGGUAGCGACAGCGACUAAAUCAAAUACUUCCAUAAACGUGAUGCUUCUAAGGGAGACUAUAUAAACUAUAAAGUACUUAGACGUAGUACUUUGAAUAAAAAGCCACUUAGGUGGUUGCUGUCUCUGUGUCCCAAAUAUGAGUUUCACUACUAUGAAUAUACUUUAAUGCCUUUGUUUCAAA